AUGGAAGAUAAUCGAGAAUUUGAUGAAGCUAUAGAUGUAUCAGAAGUUGCGUCCUUUUCUUGUGUAGUUGGAUUUUCAAUUGAUACCGGUAUAAUUGUAUUAUCAGGUAUAGCAGAAACUUUACCUGCUUUGUUCUCUUUAACUGAAAUGACAGAAUAUUAUUAG